UAUUAUGAGGACUAUAUGCUCUAGAGACCUGAGGCAAGGCAGCUCAUAGGAGGCAUUUUGAUAAAACUAAGCUCUCCUCUUAGAAAGAAGCCCAGUUUAAAGCAGACUCUGUGCUGUGCACAUCUACCCACCAAAGGCACCUUCUUUUACUCUCUCUCUUCUCUUUCUCUUUUUCUCAUUCUUUUUUUUUUGGCCAGAUAUCCAGAGCCUUUUCAAUGUAUAAAAUGGAAUAUUCUUACCUCAAUUCUUCUGCCUACGAGUCGUGUAUGGCUGGUAUGGACACUUCAAGCCUUGCUUCAGCUUAUGCUGACUUCAGUUCUUGCAGCCAGGCGAGUGGAUUCCAAUAUAAUCCUAUAAGGACCACAUUCGGGGCCAGCUCGGGAUGUCCAUCUCUAACUCCAGGAUCCUGCAGCCUUGGAACUCUUAGGGACCAUCAGAGCAGUCCAUAUGCAGCAGUGCCAUACAAGCUGUUCACGGAUCACGGCGGCCUGAACGAAAAACGGAAACAGAGACGGAUCAGGACCACUUUCACCAGCGCUCAGCUGAAGGAACUGGAGCGGGUGUUUGCUGAGACCCACUACCCGGAUAUUUACACACGCGAGGAGCUCGCUCUGAAGAUAGACCUCACCGAGGCCAGAGUGCAGGUUUGGUUUCAGAACCGGCGAGCUAAAUUCCGCAAACAGGAGCGAGCGGCAGCGGCGGCUGCGGCCGCGGCCAAGAGCAGCGGCUCGGCCAAGAAAUCCGACCUGCGCUCCGAGGACGACAACAAAGACUCGAAACCGGCCGAUCCCGACAGCACGGCUCCGGGUAGCUGUGUGCCAACCCCGGGCGCUGGCGGCGGGGUGUCUGGCAGCGGGGGAGGGGGAGGAGGUGGAGGCGGUGGAGCAGGAGGGGGUGGAGGUGGAGGAGGUGGUGGUGGUGGGAGCCUGGGGGCCGGGGACUCCGCCAAGGCUGCUAGUGCAGCGGCUGCAGCGGCGGCGGCGGCGGCAGCAGCGGCGGCUGCGGGAGUAGCGGGUACCGGCUGGGCAACAGGUCAGGGCGGAGUGAGCGCAGUGCCCGACUCAAUAGGAGGGCCUUUCGCCAGUGUGCUGUCCUCACUGCAGAGACCCAACGGAACCAAAGCCACUUUAGUAAAAAGCAGCAUGUUCUGAACCCUUUUCCCCUUCGAUCUUUCAGCACUGGGAUUUCAAAAAAUGUUUAAAGAAAAAAACGACAAAAAAAAACAUUUUGUGUGUCUUUCUACAGCAGUGUUCUGUGACUAAACUGUAAGUGUUAUUCUCAGUAUAAAUUGUCUUCUCUAGUUGACCUCAAAAGUCCCUCCCUUCCCUACCCCCUUACCCUCCCACCCCACCACACACACACCUUGUAGUCUAUCUAGAGUGUGUUUAUGGAUAAUUCAAUACAAAACAGAUCAUCACGGGUUGAGUUAUUUUGUUUAGGUAAAAGCUGGUUCAUAUUAUAAUAAUAAUGGUAUAUAUUUUUGUUAAAUGCAUGUUGCCGUCCUCCCCGCCCCCACACCUCUGUCCCGUUCGAAAUUAUGGUGAGCAUAAUCUUCAUAAAUUAUGUUCAGGAGUUCAGAAUUAUUUAUAUGUGGUAUAAUGGAUGCUUAUAUUUAAAUAAGGAAAAUAUUUCUACGUGUGCAUAUAGUUUUCCAAAAGUGUACCAUUAACUUGAUUGUUGAUAAUAAAAUGCGAAGCAAAGGUUGGAAUAUGUUUCUGUUUUUUGUUACUAAAAUUGUGGCGAUAUAACCUAGGAGCUGAGGGAUAAAAAGUAACCUAAAACAGGGUAGCAACUGUGUGUUGUCAGCUUCAGGCUACAGGAGAAUGUCAAUGUGAAUUUCUUAAAUAUUGUUGGCCUACAUAGAGUGAACAUUAUUCUAAUAUAUAUUAACAUCUGUUUCGUCUUGUGUGGAGAAGCUCAAACACAUUUUUAAAUGGAGUGGUUUG